AUGAAUAAAAAUCAGUUGGAGAUUCAGUUGGAAGAAAGACAAUCACCCAGUCUUAUCAGUGAAAGAUUUCCUUUCAUCAGUGUCAUUACCUCUCUUCACGCUUUGAAUAAUGAUAGUGAAUUGACUCACAAUCAUACGCACACUUUAGUGCUCAAUGAGCGUAGAUGGCUACACAAUGAUUUCAUCUUAAAUAAUCGUCAUCAUCACGUUCACCUAGAUAAUCAAAUCGAUGAAAUAAAAGACAAUGGAAAAAAUAUUGCCUCGCACGCUCCCUCAGUAAACAAAGAACCGUCAGUUUAA